CCGCGGGCGGGCCGGGCCGAACUGGCGCGGCGCGGCUCCCGUGCGCACGUCCAGAUGCACGCCGUCAGCGGCAAGAUGUCGUGGCACCCGCAGUACCGCAGCUCCAAGUUCCGCCACGUGUAUGGCAAAGCUGCCAGCAGGGAUAAGUGCUACGACUGUGUGCCCAUCACCUGCAGCGUCCACGACAACCACUUCUGCGCUGUGAACCCCAGCUUCAUUGCGGUGGUGACCGAGUGCGCGGGCGGCGGUGCCUUCCUCGUCAUUCCCAUCAAGCAGACAGGCAAGCUUGAUCCACAUUAUCCCAAAGUAUGUGGGCACAAAGGAAAUGUUCUGGACAUCAAGUGGAACCCAUUCAAUGACUUUGUAAUAGCGUCGUGUUCAGAAGAUGCCACAGUUAAAAUCUGGGACAUCCCCAAUCAGUUGCUAAAAAGAAACAUCACUACUCCGAAGAAAGAACUCCUUGGGCAUAAUCGAAGAGUUGGUCUGAUUGAAUGGCAUCCCACAGCUGGUAACAUCCUCUUCAGCUCUGGCUAUGACUACAAGAUAAUGAUCUGGAACCUUGAUGUCAAGGAUGCUGUCCUUUCAGAGCCAGUGAAGAUUAUUCAUGUUCACAAAGAUGUGGUCCUCUCCAUGUCAUUCAACACAGAUGGCAGUCUCCUUGCCACUGCUUGCAGGGACAGGAAGAUACGUGUGAUAGACCCUCGUGCUGGAACAGUCCUACAGGAAGCAAGCUACAAGUCUCACAAAGCCAAUAAAGUCUUAUUCCUUGGAAACAUGAAAAAGCUGUUCUCUACUGGAACAUCUUGGUGGAAUAAUAGGCAAAUUGCAUUAUGGGAUCAAAAUGACCUUUCUGUACCUUUACUGGAGGAGGAUCUGGAUGGCUCCUCAGGACUACUGUUUCCUGUCUAUGACUCUGACACACACAUGCUUUACGUGGUGGGAAAGGGUGAUGGAAACAUACGGUACUAUGAGAUAAGCCCUGAGAAACCAUACCUGAACUACCUGAUGGAAUAUCGUUCUCACUUACCACAGAAGGGAAUUGGAAUGAUGCCAAAGAGAGGUCUUGAUGUGGCAGCUUGUGAAAUUUUCCGUUUCUAUAAACUGAUCCCAACUAAAAGCUUGAUUGAGCCCAUCUCAAUGAUUGUGCCUCGACGGUCGGAAUCAUACCAGGAAGACAUCUACCCCUUGACUGCAGCAGCCCAACCGGCACUGUCAGCACAACUAUGGCUGAACGGGUUUAACAAAGGACCUCUUCUGGUAUCCCUAAAACCAGGCUCUGAAGCUGUGAGCUCCUUACCACAGUGUCUUGACCCAGAGCCAUUUACAAAAGUUACUGACCUGAGCCAACAAGAGGGAGGAAGAAUGUCUCUGGAGGACAAGCAGAAGCUAGGAGAGAUCAGAGAUAGCAGAAAAAAGAUGAAAUCAGAGGAGGAAUUGCCAAGCAGUAAGAAAAUGUGCCUCUUCAGUGGCUCUGACAUAUUUGAGUGUCCACCACCAAAAACUGAAAAUGAGCUUUUGCAGAUGUAUUUCCGGCAACAGGAAGAAAUCCGUCGACUACGUCUGUUGGUAAACCAGAGAGAUGUCCAAAUUAAACAGCUGAAGCUGGAGCUCAUGAAUGUCAGAAUGGACACACAGGAUAACUGAGGGUGCUAGCCUGAAGCUCUUUGUAUCUGUGGAAAAUGGGGGAGACUUCAGUUCUUGUGGAUAACUCCUCCUAGGUUUUUUACUGGGGGUAAAAUUGAUAUUUCAGGCAGCAUGGACUUCCCUGGCUUGUGGUGAUCACAUUUCCCUAAUCAUCACCAGACAGUUUUUGAUGGAUUUGCUGUGCUUUUUCAGGCUCUCCUUGCUUGCCUGCUCACCAAUGUCAGAAACUUGUGUGUUAAUGCUAGUGAGAGACUUUGGAAAUUCUUGCUCUUCUGGUCCUGGAGAAGCUACAUGUUAACCUCUAGGAACAACCUGUUCUGCUGCCCCUCCAUGUGACAGGAGGAUGGGAGACUGAAGGCAGCUGCCAGAUCCUUUGCUCACCCUGAGGCCCAGCAAUGUGGCUCCUGUCCUCUUGCCCAGGGAGUCCACUCUGCUGAGCUUCAGAGGCACCUCUAACUCCAAAGGGAUCCUCAUGCACCCCUCUCACCUCACAGCUUGGCUCUGCCCCCAGGUGGUUUGGGAAGGCUGUGGCUGCCCUGACCUGGUGCUGGGGAUAGUCCCACUCUGAGUGGGAGGCUGCACUGGGGGUGCCAAGGGCCGGCACUUUUGUGAUAGGUAAAGAAGAGUCGGCAUUGGGGGAUCCUACUUUAAAAGGGUGAUGGUAUGGGCUAGUUCUCACCAGAGAAGCUGCAGAGUCUCUGUGUCCUGUGAGUCAGUGGCCUUCUUUCCCUCCUUCUGCCAAAGACCAGCUGCAGUCAGUUGGGGGUUCUCAGAGAAAUGAGGACAACAUUUAAAGCUGCAUAGUGUUGACAGCAGGGGAAUUUGCCAAGAAGGUUUAAAAGGAUGAAUGGGGAGUUGGACCCCCAACCCACUGCAGACAUUUCAGCAAUGGUGCUAGAAGAGUUGUGUCAACCACAGUAAGACUGCAGGGCUGUGGCCAGUCAUGAACAGCCCUCCAGGGCUGCUGAAGUAUCACUUGUCCUUAAUGCCUGCAGCUGCUGCUUCCUUAGCUCCCAGGUGCCUGAACCUUGUCCCAUUUCUGCAGCCAUCUACAGCUGCAGGUUCCCUCUUGCCAGCUGUGUUGUCCAGCCCCCUGCAUCCUCCCAGGCUGCUCAGCCUUCCUGAGCCCUGUGGCCACACUGAUCUGUGCCCUUCAGCACCAGCUCUCUGGCUCAAUGCUGGACCUUAUGGAGAUGUCUUAAACCCAAGCAGAGCAAACACUGUUUAACCUGUAUCUUUGCACCUCUAUUGUGGCACAUAGCAAUCACAGAAUCAGCUAGGUCCAGGGGAUAUGUCUAGGAUACAUCCUUGUCACCAGAUGUGUUUUAUUGGCUGCAUUUUUUUGUGCUCGUUUUUUCCAUACAAAAUAAAUUAUUUAAAUUAUUUCCAAGGUAAAGUAACUUUUCCUGGGGAUUUUUACAUCCUCUUGAGGACUGUUUCUUUGUUAUUCUGUGACUGACUAGCAUAGAGAAUGGUUGGUCACUGUGGUUCUUAUCCUAGGGUUGUGUUGAUUUCAGCAUUUAUGGAAAAGAAGGUGUUUUCAUUUAGGCUUUGGUGAGACUAUUUAAUCAAAACUUCUUUUUUAGACAGUAUGCCUGUAAAAGCGUGGACUGUGAAAUGUAUUUCAAUUUGGAGCUUAACUUCAACCACUAAUCUUUCACAUGGAAAAAACCUUGAGGAAAUAGAGUUAUGCAUUCAUGAUCUGUGCCUAAAUAGUCUUGAGUGAUCAUUUUAACAGUUUCUAAGACUCCUAAAAGCUUUGUGAGAAGCUGUUGAACAUGGGGAUAAAAACCAAAUCUGUGCAAUGAAAAGCAAAUAUAACUGAAUAAUAAAUAUAUUUAGAGUUUACUUUUUGAUACAUGCAAAA